AAUUCAUCUGUUAUAAGGUCCAUUUUAAUUAUGCACUUCCAAUAAGAUACUCUAAUUUAUUAAGGGAGAUCUCAAUCUUCCCAUUCAAUACAAAAUACAGCAAGCAAAGCACUUCUCUCAUUCUAUAAAAACAUAAUCCCAAACAACACAACUUCUCUCUAACGAAAAAAAAUUCUCCUCUUUCCCCUUAUAAAAUAGUUUCUUUAUAUUUAUUUUCCUUGUUCAUACUCUUACAAUGGAAUAUCACAAAGAGAAGAAGACUGGACCAUGGCUAUCUGUGCCACAAUUUGGACAUUGGGAUCAAAAGGGUGUCUACCCUGACUACUCAAUGGAUUUUUCUAAAAUAAGAGAAAAUAGGAAACAAAACAAAAAGGACUUAUCAAGAGCAAGUUUUGGAAAUGAGAAUGACCUCAUUUUCUCUACCAAAAGUGAUGCAAAUUCAGUUUACUUUCCCAACAGUAAUGAUCAUCAUUACCAUCAGAACCAAUCUUCAACUAGGAUGAGAAGGAUCUUUAGAUAUUUCAGUUGCUGUGGAAAAGCUUGAAGUUCAUGGAAUUGAUUUCUUCCAAUUUCCUUGUAAAGAAAAUCUAGCAAAUUUGUGAUUUCUACCCAAGUUUUGAGUGACUUUUAUAAAAAAUAGGAAAAUGUAAUGAAUUUUGGAAAUUGUGGUGAUUGCUUCUUACCAUCCUUU